AAAGAGACGGAGGGAUACUACAAUACCAGAGCUUCCCCCAGUCCCGUGGGACCUCUCAUGUGGUUCCAUUAAUUCACCAGUCGGUGAGCAGUUGGCUGCUUCCACUUUGGGGCUAUUCUGAAACCUGCAGCUUAUAAACUGCUGAGGACAAGUUUUUGUGUGUGUAUGUGUGUGGGGGGGACACUCAUUCGCCAUCUAGUCCCCAUAAUGGCUCACAGGCACUUAGAUCACUAUUCACUGGGAAACCCCAUAGCUCAGAGAGCUGAGGUGAGGGUUGUGAGGCAGCUAAGUUCUCGUGGGUUGGGCUACAUUGUGAUGGAAGGGCAAGUCCAGUGGAAUUUCCCUUCACCUUUUCCAGAUCGUUCUGCACAGCCCUGAGUAAGAAGAGCAGAGAAAGGAAUGAGAGGAAGUACGUCAGCUGCUCUGCCCUAGAUUCCACUGGGCUCACCUGUGAGGUAGCUCUUGGAAUGGUCCUAUGUCUGCCCUGCCCAGGGAGGACUCUGAUAUCAGGGGGCAUGUGUGCCUUCUCCCACUCACCCUCAUUCAGUGGCUGGAUCAAGACUUGGACAAGAGCCACUCAAGACAUUGUGGGUGUCUUCCCCCCUGUGCUUCAAUCCCACUCCAAGUCCUGACAAAGGCUACUUGGUCGACUCCAAGCUCAGGAGAGGGGCUUCCAGACCCAGUGGCUUCUGUUGCCUCUACAUUCAUACAUGAAGCUCUGAAAAUCAUUCUCUCUGCAGACAGAUUGGGGCACUGACAGAGAGGAUGUUCAAACAUCUUCGGAGAUGGCUUGUCACUCAUAUUCUGGGGCACUCUCGGCAAAGAGCAAGGUUGGUCUCCAAAGAUGGAAGGUGCAACAUAGAGUUUGGCAAUGUGGAUGCACAGUCGAGGUUCAUCUUCUUUGUGGACAUCUGGACCACAGUGCUUGACCUCAAGUGGAGAUACAAGAUGACCAUCUUCAUCACAGCCUUCUUGGGGAGUUGGUUCCUCUUUGGUCUCCUGUGGUAUGCAGUGGCCUACAUUCACAAAGAUCUCCCUGAGUUCCAUCCAUCCAUCAACCACACCCCAUGUGUGGAGAACAUCAAUGGACUGACCUCCGCUUUCCUUUUCUCUCUGGAAACGCAAGUGACCAUCGGCUAUGGCUUCAGGUGUGUGACAGAGCAGUGUGGCACUGCUAUCUUUUUGCUCAUCUUCCAGUCCAUACUUGGAGUCAUCAUCAAUUCUUUCAUGUGUGGUGCCAUUUUAGCCAAGAUCUCCCGAUCCAAAAAAUGUGCCAAGACCAUUACAUUCAGCAAGAAUGCUGUGAUCAGCAAGCGAGGAGGGAAGCUUUGCCUCCUGAUCCGAGUGGCCAAUCUCAGGAAGAGCCUCCUCAUUGGCAGCCACAUCUAUGGGAAACUUCUGAAGACCACAGUCACUCCCGAAGGAGAGACCAUCAUUUUGGACCAGACCAAUAUCAACUUUGUCGUUGACGCCGGGAACGAGAACUUAUUCUUCAUCUCCCCACUGACCAUCUACCAUGUCAUUGAUCACAACAGCCCCUUCUUCCACAUGGCGGCAGAGACUCUUCCUCAGCAGGACUUUGAGCUGGUGGUGUUUUUAGAUGGCACAGUGGAAUCCACCAGCGCCACCUGCCAAGUCCGGACAUCCUAUGUUCCCGAGGAGGUGCUCUGGGGCUACCGGUUUGCUCCCAUAGUAUCCAAGACCAAGGAAGGAAAAUACAGAGUGGAUUUUCAUAACUUCAGCAAGACCGUGGAAGUGGAGACCCCUCACUGUGCCAUGUGUCUCUACAAUGAGAAAGAUGCCCGGGCCCGCAUGAAGAGAGGCUAUGACAACCCCAACUUCAUCUUGUCAGAAGUCAAUGAAACAGAUGACACCAAAAUGUAACCCAGAGGCUCUCCAACCUGAGCAAGGCAAAGUCUUGAAGAUGUUUAAUGACCAGGAGAUUUUGAAGCAAUCGACAAUUUGGGGGGAUGACAAUGGACAAGGGUAUACCUGACAGUCUAUCAGGAUAGUGCCCCCCCCCCAAAAAAAACCCCUCAGAUCUGUGAUUCUCCAUGGUUCAUAGCUCCACAUGGCAACUGCACUAGAACUUUCAAAUGUAGCCAUAUGAAACAGGGAUGGCAAAGGGGUAGGUACUUACUUGGAAUCUUAAAUAUGAUUAUUUGAAAUCAUGUAUUACUAAUGGGAAUGAUCAAAAUCAUCGAGUCUCAUUCAUAGGCCAGUGAUAUAUAUUUAUUUAUGUCUCCUUGGAGAAGUUAUAGAAUUUAAAUAGAACCAAGAAUAAAGCAUGUUCUCAUUUUUUUUGCUUCUACAGGUAGGCAAGAAGUCACUUUUAUUUAUGCACUGACUUUUAUCAAAAGAAAAGUGGUCUCCUAUAUUGGGAGAGACAAACCAGUUAAAGACUAUGAGAAAA